AUGUCAACUCCCCCUCGCGAUAAAGUUCAGGUUGGCUGGAUCUGCGCACUGCCAGAGGAGGCUGCAGCAGCGCGAGAGAUGCUGGACGAGAACUUCGGCACUCUGAAGGAGCAGAACGGCACUGAUACCAAUUCAUACAUCUUGGGGCGGAUAGGCAAUCACUAUAUUGCAAUUGCUGUCCUGGGACAAUAUGGAACCACUUCAGCCACUGCCGUGGCAACCAAUAUGUCGCGGACGUUUUCAAGGUCACUGAAAUUCGGCCUCAUGGUCGGCAUUGCAGCAGGCAUUCCGUCCCCAGGCCAUGACAUCCGCCUUGGAGACAUCGUCGUCAGCUCCCCAGCCGGCACCUGCGGAGGCGUUGUUCAGUAUGACACGGGCAAACUGGUCAAGGAUGGGAAGAUGGAGCGAACUGGCUCUUUGAACGCUCCACCACGCUUAUUGCUCAAUGCGGUUUUGGCAAUGAGAUCGUCUACUAUGACGGAGGUCCCCAAGUAUCUGGGGUAUAUGGAGAAAGCUAUUCACCGGAAUGAACGGACACGAAAGACGUUUGGCCGACCAGACGUGUCUACUGAUCGUCUUUUCCGGGCGGAGUGUGAGCAUCCGGCAACCGCGUCAACUUGUGAAGGCUGUCUUCCAGACUGGGAACAACCGCGAACAGCACGCGAAGACGACGAGGCCAAUAUACACUACGGCAUUGUUGCGUCCGGGAACGCGGUCAUCAAGCACGCAGCAACCAGAGAUCAGCUUGGCCGGGAGACUGGGGCCCUCUGCUUCGAAAUGGAGGCUGCUGGCUUGAUGAUGGAUUUCCCCUGUAUUGUCGUCCGAGGGAUCUGUGAUUACGCUGAUUCGCAUAAGAACGACACAUGGCAUGCGUAUGCAGCCUUGGCGGCGGCAGCAUAUGCGAAGGAGUUGCUGGAUUAUGUUCCAUCGGCUGACCUGGAUACGGAGAAACCGGUGAUUGAGGUCUGUCGUAGGUCAAGCACCUAUCGUGUCAUGCCACAGGAAUAA